GUGUUCUGUUUUGGUGUGUGUUGGAUUAGACGAGAAUAGCACUAAAAUAGAAGGUUGCAUGCGAAUAAUAUGGUAUGAUUUCUUCAUCACCAAACCGAUAUUCCCGCUAACACAACAAACACAUCUCCCUUUCUUCCAAAAACGUCCUUCAUCAUUACACUACACCAAACUACCUUCAUCUCCAUGCAUUUCUAUUUCGAAAUUAUUAUUAUUAUUAUUAUUAUUGUAAAUAAAUCAAUACUAUAAUAUAAUUUUCUAUGCUUUUUAUCCUUCUUUUUCCCUCAACCUAUCUUCUCUGCCACACAUUAUUUCAUUCAGCUUCCGGUUCGAUCAGGUAACGCGUUAAAGGUGAUUCAUUACUGUCAUCGAUGGCUUAUUGAGAGUGCAGCUAGGAGUAAUUGAAGUAUGUUGUGUUGUGGAGGUGCAGAAGAAGAGAGCAGUGGGCCACCUGCAAAUCAAUACGCUGCACCAUCAAGAGGGGGUAACGCAUACGGUGGAGGCGGAGGCAAUGACAGAGGAGAGCCAAGAGGCAAUGUUGCCAAGAGUGGUGCUCCACAGAAAGUAUUACCAAUUGAAAUACCCGCUAUGCCAUUGGAUGAGUUAAAUAGGUUAACAGGAAACUUCGGUUCAAAGGCUUUUAUUGGUGAAGGAUCCUAUGGAAGGGUUUUCUAUGCAAAAUUGAGUGAUGGUACUGAAGCUGCAAUUAAGAAGCUUGAUACUAGUUCUUCGCCUGAACCCGACACCGAUUUCACUGCUCAGUUAUCAGUUGUUUCAAGACUCAAACAUGACAAUUUUGUGGAGUUGACUGGAUAUUGUCUAGAGGCAGACAACAGAAUUUUGGUUUAUCAAUAUGCAAGUUUGGGUUCUUUGCAUGAUGUAUUACAUGGAAGGAAGGGUGUACAGGGUGCUGAACCUGGUCCAGUUUUAAGUUGGAGCCAAAGAGCAAAAAUUGCAUUUGGUGCAGCAAAAGGCCUAGAGUUUCUUCAUGAAAAGGUUCAGCCUUCUAUAGUUCAUCGCGACGUUCGAUCCAGCAAUGUCUUGCUGUUCAAUGACUAUGAGGCCAAGAUUGCUGAUUUCAGCUUAACAAAUCAGUCUUCUGACACGGCAGCUCGGUUACAUUCAACAAGAGUCUUGGGAACAUUUGGCUAUCAUGCUCCAGAGUAUGCCAUGACAGGGCAAAUAACACAAAAAAGUGAUGUUUAUAGUUUUGGAGUUGUGCUUUUAGAACUCUUGACAGGAAGAAAGCCAGUAGACCACACAAUGCCUAAAGGGCAACAAAGUCUUGUGACUUGGGCAACUCCAAGGUUGAGUGAGGACAAAGUAAAACAAUGUGUGGAUCCUAAGCUAAACAAUGACUAUCCGCCAAAGGCUAUUGCUAAGUUGGCAGCUGUUGCAGCACUGUGUGUUCAGUAUGAAGCUGAUUUCCGGCCAAACAUGACCAUUGUUGUCAAAGCUCUCCAGCCUCUUCUCAAUGCAAAACCGGCUGGUGCUGAUUCUAAUGCUUGACAUUGUGAUGUGACGUCAUCCAAUUAUUAUCAAGAGUCAUAAGAAUUGUGUGCAUAAAGUUGAACUGGAUUGCUUGUUCACCAACUCAAAAGGAAAUAUAUAAUUUUUUUAUGUGCUUAUAAUGCGUGAUGGUGGUCAUGGAAAAAAAAUAUUCAAAGACCUCUUGAAAUAUAUCCUUCAUGUCCUUUUGAUUUGCUUAGAUUGUGCCAGUACAUUAACCGCUGACAGCUGCAUUAUUACUCGAUAAUUAUUUAUUUAAAAAUUUUCGUUGUAAUGCUUAUCCCCCAUUUAAUACUUGCUAGUAUUUUUUUAUUUUAUAA